AUGGCAUUCCGAAGGGAUUAUUUCGUAGACACCUCGGCCGUAACAGACGAGGCCGCAGAGGACGCUAUGGUACUAUCUGAGGCUGUUAGCCCCGAUCCCCUACUCCAGGGAGGACCCUCUACACACACUAGGUCAACGAGUAAACGCUCUACUCAAGCCCAGUUUACGAGGUCCAUGCAGGAGUUUUUGGAUACCCAUGAGGCACAAAUGAGGUAUCUUGGUACAGCUGGACAGGCCGUUUGGCAGCAGCUACAAAACCUCCAGGAACAAGUGCAGGGGAGUGGGCAAAUUCUGGAUAAGAAAGCACGGCAAGAAGCCAUCGCCCAGAAGCAACAUCUCGAAUCGCUCUUUGAGCUCGUCGAAAAUGUUCGACAAAUGCAAGAAACUGCACGAGCCGCCGACCACGAAAUUCUGGACCGUAACCAUCGAAUAACCCAGGACCAACUGUUGGAGGCGGAACGACAGCUGAGAGUUGCAAGAGAAGAGCGGGAGCAGGAGAAAAGGGAACAGCGGGAACUGUUGGCACAAUUCAAGCAGUCCGAUGAUGUGAGAAACCAACGAAUAGCCGAGAUGGAGGAAAGCCUACGACAACAUAUGUCGGUAGCACCCUCCAUGGUGAGCAUCCCCUUGGACCCUAAUGCACCCCAAACGGUUCCUGUUGGCAACGGCAAGAACCCCGAGAAUGCUGGCCCGGUAGGAGGAAAUGCCGGCCCAGUAGGAGGAAACGCUGGUCCCGGAGAUAGUAGUAAGAAACCGGUGGGAGCUGCCCCCGUCGGCGGGAAUGGUGGAAAUCAACCUCCCCAGAACCCACCAAGAGGAAACGUUGAGGGAGACCCAGAACCUUCCGACGACGAUGAUGACGAUAACAGUGAAUGGUCGCACGGUCGGAAGAAUUGGAGAAGGAACCGAGGCGGGAACCGGAAUUCGGUGCCGCCUGAAGAUGACGAUAUGGUAGAUUCGCUCGCCAAAAUACCCUUCGAGUUCGAUAAUGCCAGGAAGCAUAAUCUGCGGCAUUGGCUCAUGGAGUGCGAGAUCUAUUUCGAGCAGAAGCCCAAGAAGUUCCGAACGGACAGAAACAAGGUACUGUUCGCUGGAACGUAUACGUGUGGGUUGGCAAAGGAAUGGUUCAUGGAAUACAUCGAGACCAAGAUGCUAGGACCGGCAGCCGCGGACUAUGCUACUUGGACUCGGUUCCGUCAGGAGAUUAGAAAACGUUUCCUAAGCACUCAAGAGGCUAUGGAGAACGCGAUGAAGAUGCAGCAGUUUAAGUACUCUGCUAACAUCGGAGACUACCUGACGAGAAUGGAGAUCAUGAACCAGCAUGCUCAGAUGAAAGGAGCAUCCUAUCGCGCCGCCCUGCUCCAAGGGCUACCCAAUGAAAUCCGGGAGCGCCACUCACGCUUCGAUCCAACCGAUGACGACUCCGAGUACAUCCAACAGUUGGAACGAGCCGGCAAGGCUCAUGAGGCCUAUCAGGAGCAGAUGAAGAUGUUGGGGAAAGCGGAGUCGAGAGGAAGGGAGACGAAUAAUGCUGGGAACUCGCGGCAAAAGGAGAAGGGGUUUAAGAUCAAGGGGAGAGCUCAGACCGAGGAGAAAGAAAAAGGGCAAGAUAAGAAGAGCACCAGCAAGAACAAGUCGGGGAACAAACCAAUAUACCACGACUACGACGAAGCCACCAAAGGAGUUCCACAGCCGGUCCGAGAGCAGCGAAAGACCGAUGGAGUCUGUGUACGAUGUGGCCGAAAGGGUCAUCUUUGGAAAUGGUGUCGUUCAGAUGCUAACAGCGGUGCAUCUAUCUCCUCUUUCUCCCGAAAGCGUACCCGCGAUGACGAUGGCGACCACGAUAUGGAACCACCGGAACCCCAACCUCCGAGAAAGCGUAUGAGGCACCGUGCUAGAAAGCCGGCUGCUACGGCUGCUGCGGAGUACACCAGUGGGCAAGCGUUUAAAAUUUUGGAGGAACCUAUUCACGGUUCUCGACCUAUCGUUAAUCAGUUCCUUUGUUUUGCGGAAAAAUGUUUACCUUAUAAGGUGUUGUUGGAUACUGGUGCAACUGGUCCUGUUUUGUCUGCUGUUUUUGUUGAUAGUUUUGAGGUCCCGAAGGUGAAACGAGACGUCCCGGCCCGGGUAUUUGGAUUUACGGGAGAAGUUAUGAAGGGCACGGGACACGCCUUUACACAACCAUUAAUUAUAAUGUCAAGGGGGCAUCAGACACAGUUAUCAUUCGAAAUCGCCCCUCUCCCACUUGGCAUCGAUGCGAUACUACCGAACUGGUGGUUGAAAGAACACAAACCGGUUAUAGGGGCAAAUGGGGAAGUUUCCUACGAUGGUGAGAACUGUAAGAGUGAAUGCUUCACUGACAAGGAACCUCAAAUAGAAAUGGACGAGGGUGUAUUGGACGAUCCGGAAGCCCAAUUCAUCGGUAGUAUUUGCCUUUUGGAAGAUGAAUCGGUCAACCUCCGCGAAACUCUUCCCUCUUGGCUCCAUGGGUUCCUUAAAGUCUUCCUACCAUCGGAAGCAGACAAAUUACCACCGCAUCGAUCCUACGACCAUGCGAUAGAUCUUGAACCAGGUAAACAGCCACCAUGGGGACCCGUCUACUCCCUAUCCGAAGUCGAGCUGAAGGUGCUUCGGGAGUACCUGGACAAAAUGUUGCGAUUGGGAAAGAUUAGGCCGAGCAAAUCCCCAGCAGGAGCCCCAAUCCUAUUUGUGAAGAAGAAGGACGGUAGUCUACGACUUUGCGUUGACUACCGUGGACUUAACCGCGUGUCCAUCAAGAACAGGUAUCCGUUACCACUUAUGGACGAAUUACGAGAUCGAGUGGCGGGCGCGGUUAUCUUCUCGAAGAUUGACCUGAAGGAAGGUUAUAACCUCAUCAGGAUCAAAGACGGCGACGAGUGGAAGACAGCCUUCCGUACGCGGUAUGGACAUUUUGAGUACCUCGUCAUGCCUUUUGGGCUGGCAAAUGCGCCGGCAACCUUCCAGAACAUGAUGAAUGAUGCGCUGAGGGAAUUCUUGGAUCAAGGUGUAGUAGUAUACCUCGAUGAUAUCCUAAUAUAUAGCAAGUCUCGAGAGGAACAUAGAGAGCUGGUCGGCAAAGUACUUAGUAGGCUACAAGAAUACAACCUGGUCGCCAACCCGAAGAAAUCAUUCUUCGAGCUCACCGAAAUCGAGUUCCUCGGAUACAUCCUUGCCCCAGCAGGCGUCACCAUGGCACUGGAUAAGGUCAUGUCUGUUACGAAUUGGCAAGCCCCGUGCAGCGUUAAAGAAGUACAGAUCUUCAUGGGCUUUGCCAACUUCUACAGAAGGUUUAUCCACAAUUUCUCCGGGGUCUGUAAACCCAUUACCGAUUGUCUCAGGGGUGAUGCUAAGAACUUUGUCUGGUCUAUGACGGCCCAAGCAGCCUUCGAAAAACUCAAAACCCUGUUUACGUCUGCGCCGAUCUUGGUACACUUCUCUCCAGAUCGCCAGACUAUCGUGGAAACGGACGCAAGUGAUUUUGCUAUUGCCGCAAUUCUAUCCCAGGUUAUUGACGGAAAGACUCACCCUGUCGCCUUUUAUUCUCGGAAGCUUAACCCAGCGGAACUCAACUACGACGUCUGGGAUAAGGAGAUGCUAGGAAUUGUGUCAGCCUUCAAGCAAUGGCGUCACUACCUCGAAGGGCCUAGCCAAACGGUUCUCGUCUAUACGGAUCACAAGAACUUAGAGUACUUCUCUACCACUAAGGUUCUUAACCGACGACAGGCAAGGUGGGCUGAGUCUUUGGCGGAAUUUGACUUCAAGAUUAUUUACCGCCCAGGAACCAAAAAUGGGAAGGCAGAUGCACUAUCGCGACGGCCGGAGUACCGUCCUGAAGGGGGAGGCACGCUUGGGAAACAGCCGAUAGACAGGUUCUUUAAGCCCGGGCAGUUGGCGGAGGAAGAGUUUGUGGUAUCAGCGGUGUCGCUUGCCUCCAAGGGAGUGAUCGACUGGUCUAGGAAUUUUCUGGAUCAUGUCAGGCAGGCGGCAUCGGGAGACCCGAUAUGGGUAGGAAUGAGAGAGAGAGUUGAGCAAGGGGAGAAGCUGGGGGAAUUGAAGGAUAUUGCCGAGAAAGACGGGCUACUCUUCUAUAAGAACCGACUCUACAUCCCGGCAGACGACCGUAUCAAGAUCCGAAUCGCACAGGCAGAACACGACUCGAAAGUGGCAGGACACUUUGGACAAGACAAGACACUGGAACUCAUCACGCGUAACUUCUAUUGGCCAAAAAUGAACGAGUGGAUUGAUGACUACGUUCGGUCAUGCGACGAGUGCCAACGUAACAAACCUAGCCGCCAUAAGAAAUAUGGUGCGCUUCUACCACUGUCCACGCCACAUGCUGUCUGGCAAUCGAUAUCAAUGGACUUCGUCGUACAGUUACCGGAAUCAAAGGGAUACAACCAAAUUUGGGUAGUAGUCGAUAGGUUCUCGAAGAUGUCGCACUUCAUCCCCUUAGUAGCAGAAACGACCGCGCAGGAUUUAGCGAAGAUAUUCCUCGGUCAAAUCUGGAGACUCCAUGGGCUGCCUCUCGACAUAGUUUCCGACAGGGACGCCAAGUUUACUUCAAGUUUUUGGGCAUCCCUUAUGGAAUUGUUGGAUGUGAGGAUAAGAAUGAGUACGGCUUUCCACCCUCAGACCGAUGGGCAAACAGAGCGAGUCAACCAAACCCUCGAGCACUACUUACGAGCGUUUUGUAACUACGAGCAAGAUGAUUGGGCAGAGCUACUCCCGUUGGCGGAGUAUGCUUAUAACAACUCGGUCACCACCGCCACGGGCCAAUCUCCGUUCUAUACCAAUUACGGUUACAACCCAAGGACCAACUGGCCGACGGAAGCCGAAGUGGUUAACCCAACCAGUGACCUGUACGCUCACUUCAUCCGAGGAGUUCAUGACUCCGCUCUCGCUCGCUUAACAGACACCAGGGAGGAAAUGGGGAAAUACUAUGAUCGGAAAAGGGACGAACCGCCUAACUUCAAGGUGGGAGACAUGGUUAUGCUCAAUGCGACCAACAUCAAGACUCGUCGCUCUACCAAGAAACUCGAUCAUAAGAAACUCGGCCCGUUUAAGAUUAUCCGACUAGCUGGGAAACGAGCCUGCGAACUGGAACUGCCACCACAAGUCAAAAUCCAUAACGUGUUCCACAUUGAACUCUUGGAACGUUACCGACAGAGCAGUAUCCCAGGUCGCGAACAACGUCCCCCGACUCCCGAGGAGGUCGAUAAGGAAGGAGAGGUGCUGUAUGAAGUGGAAAGUAUUGUGGGAAGCCGGAAAAGCAGAAGAGGAUUAGUGGAAUACCUGGUGAAAUGGCGGGGCUAUUCGAUGAGUGACUGUACGUACCAAGUCAUGGAUGCUAUGGAUGAGGAGGUACUUGACCUUGUCCGCGACUUCCAUCGAAGGAACCCCAAGGCUGUGAAGGACCAACGCCUGAGACUAUAG